AUGGCGACUAAUGGCAACAACGGGGUCAGUGACUCACGGCCGAUCUUCUUCUUUGAUAUUGACAACUGUCUAUAUUCUAAAUCUUGCAAUAUUCAUGAUGAGAUGCAGACAUUGAUCAAUAAAUUCUUUGUCAAACACCUCGAACUCAAUGUAUCAGAUGCCCAUGAACUGCAUCAGAAGUACUAUAAGGAAUAUGGACUUGCCAUUGAGGGCCUUACUCGUCACCAUAAGAUCGACCCACUUGCAUUCAACGCCGAAGUUGACGAUGCUCUUCCUCUCGACAAAAUUCUCAAGCCUGAUCCCAAGCUACGCCAACUGCUGGAGGACCUGGAUACUACCAAGGUGAAGCCGUGGUUACUCACAAACGCCUAUGUCACUCAUGGAGAACGCGUGGUGAAGCUACUUGGCAUCGCAGAUAUUUUCGAAGGUAUUACUUACUGCGACUAUGGAAACUUGCCGCUUGUCUGCAAACCAAGCCAGGACAUGUAUGCCAAAGCAGAGAAGGAAGCUGCCGCUCCCAGCACCAAGUCAUGCUUGUUUGUUGAUGAUUCUUACUUGAAUUGUGUACAUGCUCAUGCUCGAGGCUGGACCACAGCUCACCUUGUUGAACCGGGUGUCACCACGCCCCCUAAGCAGGCAUCGGAGUUCGUGAUCUCAAGCCUCGAGGAGCUUCGUGUUCAUUUCCCACAAGCCUUUAAACAGAACCCAAGCGGUGGCAUAUAG